AUGUUAUCUGAAGCUGAGCGAUACAAGGAAGAGGAUGAGCGCCAGCGACAGAGGGUCUCUGCACGCAACCAGCUGGAGUCGUACAUUUUCAGCGUGAAACAAGCGCUGGAUGAUGCUGGCGACAAGUUGAGUGACCAAGACAAGCAGACAGCGCGGAACGAGUGUGACGAAGCGCUGAAGUGGCUGGAUAACAACACACUAGCUGAGAAGGAGGAGUACGAGCAUCGGAUGAAGGAGCUCCAGAGAACAUGCUCGCCCAUCAUGAGCAAAAUGCACGGUGCGGGAGCUGGACCCCAACAAUACGGACAGCAACAAGCGCACUCGGGGCCUACCGUAGAAGAAGUAGAUUAA